AGGCUCCCCCAGCCCUCCAAGCCUGCAGGAGGCGCUAGAGGAACGGCCAGAGCUGAGGGAAGGAGAGGGGAGCAGAGGCCCCAGGGCCAGGCCGACGACCAUGGGCUGGGCCCGCCUGGCCUUCCUGCUGUCCCUGCUGUCCCUGCUGCUGCAGACUGACCACACCUUUGAUCGAGAUAGAGAUUUAUAUGAAGAAUGCGGGCGCUCCAAGCUCAGGCCCCGGGACUUUGGCAUGGAACCGAGGCGCGGGCGGUGGCCGUGGCAAGCUAGCCUGCGGUAUAAGGGCAAGCAUCGGUGCGGCGCCACGCUCAUCCAGGCGGAAUGGAUCAUAACAGCUGCCAGCUGCUUCCAGUUGUCCAAUAACACUUGGGAUUACAGUGUGAUGAUUGGUUCCAUCUAUGCCUACCCAACCACUCGGUUCCUGGCCACGUUUCUACAGCACCAAGAAUAUUUCCCCAGGGUGACUAAAAUCAUUAUUAGGUCUGAGUAUAUUCCUUACCAGUUUGGGGACAUUGCCUUAGUAAAGCUGAGCCAAAAAAUCCCAUACCGGAGAAAUAUUUCGCCCGUCUGCAUCCCACUAGGACCCUGGGAAUUGAAAAUAAUCAGACAGUGCUGGAUAACAGGAUGGGGAAAAUUUGGAGGAUCUCAAGCCCUAGAAGGUUCCCUGGAACUUCGGGAGGGAAGAGCAAAAAUCACUGACUUAGACAAAUGUGAAAACAUCUAUGGAGACAUGGAUCAGUCUACUGACUCUGAAAGCUAUCGGAAUGAUGUACUUUGUAUACUUAUGCCUUUAUAUCCAGCUGAAAGAUGCGUGGGUGAUCAAGGUGGCCCCCUAAUAUGUCGGAUUCAGGAUAUCUAUUACCAGUUUGGGAUCAUGAACUGGGACUAUGACUGUAAGCCAGGAAUCAAGGCCAAGACUUUCACCAGUGUUGCCCUCUACAGUGCCUGGAUUGAGAAAACAAUCAACAGCCCCACCACCACUUUGAGUCCAUUCAGAUUCCUUCUCCUUACCUUGCUUCUACUCCAGGCUCUUCUAGGACCCUUCUGAGCAGGGUUUUUUUUUUCUCCUUAAAGCUUGGCUAAAUAUGGUCAUAUUCAGGGCUCUUACCUCCUUUACUCAUCUGAAAAGAUAUAUAAGGGUCUCUAGUUCCUGGGAUAGGGACACACAUACCAGGUUCAGAGAAAUAAGUGGUGAAAGUGGGAGUGGGGAUGGGGAGACUGUCAGGACCAUUUGUCUAUUUGCCAGGAGGUCCUUUUGGAGAACUUACAAUGGCAAUAAAAUGUUAUUGAUUUCA